UUUGUCUAGAGUCAUUUCAGUCACUGUUAGCUGGUGCCAUGGAGCCUCUAGGGACAGUGACCAUUUUGAUGAUCAUAUGUAUCUCUUGCCUUGUUUUCCUUGCAGUCAGGAGCAGGACGCCAGAGAAUGCAAAGCAGCUGCCACCUGGCCCACCUCCACUGCCCAUCGUAGGGAACGCUCUGCAGUUGAAGACCAACAACUUGGCCCAGGUUCUCCAGGAGGUAAGCCAAAGAUGAGCACCUUCCUCAACAGUUGUCUGUUGAUGACCGUUACCUGUUUGCAAGGCUCUUUCCAUCUGACUCUUUUGGAAGGGGACAGUCCAUUGUCAGUUUGUUUAUUUAUAGAUGGUACCAUCUGUGUGCAGGGCACAUUUGCAGAGUCUAAGGCAACAGACUCUGCACUUUGACAGAGGAGAGGCAAGAGCCGGAGGGCGGCAUCCAGACCAGCGCCCCAGAAUAGCAGAAUCGCUGUGAUUUCAGUGGCACGGACUUGCGCUUGGCUACAUCAGCAGGGAUGGGGAGCAGGGACUUGUCGCAAAGGCUCCACAGAAAAGAGGUGGACUUUGAGCAGGUCCCACAACUCCACAAAGGGGGUUGUUUUAUUGUUAUUUUAUUAUUUUAUCCUUAAAAUAAAAGCCAUAAAGCCCCUUUCUGAGUAAAGAACUUUAAAAAGCAAUAGUGCAAUUUUCAUACUAUUUUAGAGACAGGGGGCAGGGGCGGGUCCAGUUCUCCCUCCACACAUGGAUGGUUUGCGCAUUUUUGCCCUCUGAACAUUUUUAGCCUCUGCUGGACAGUGGGGAGUUCAUAGUCUUCUUAUAUUUUGAAAAGCUGCUCCUUUAUUUUCCCCAGAAUGUGCUCGGUGGGAAGGUACUGUAAGAAUUCCCUUAGAAAAAUGAGUGUGAGGGGGACAUAACUAUAUUCACGAUAUAGAGAAAGUGGAUGGGAAAACACUUUUACCCCCCUCUCAUAAUGCCAUACCCUCCAACAUUUCUCCAAUGAAAAUAGGGACAUCCCAUUCCAUAAUGAUAAUUUUACUAUUUAUAGCCCACACAACUUACUGGGUUGCCCCAGCCACUUUGGGCAGCUUCCAACAUAUAUAAAAACAUAAUAAAACAUUAAAAAUUAAACAAGAAAACACUUCCCUAUUCAGGAUUGCCUUCAGAGGGGGUCGUAUAACUCUAUACCCUCCAACAUUUCCCCAGUGAAAAUAGGCACAUCCUAAGGAAAAGGGGGGACAUUCUGUGAUCAAACUGGGAUGGCUUCUCUAAAUCAGGGAUGUCCCUGGAAAAUAGGGACACAUGAAGGGUCUGUAAAGCUAAAACGUGGAGCCUUCAGUUAAAGCUGAAUGUUGGAAGAUUUACAACACACGCAAGAUAGUAGUUCUUCAUACAGUGCAUAUUGAAACUGUGGAAUUCACUGUGGAAUUUUGUUAAGACAAAAUUCAUUGAAGAUAAAGCUACCCAUAGCUGCUAGUGAUGAUGCUGAACCUCCACCAGUUCCAGGGACCUGCAGGAGGGGAGCGUGCUAUUGCACUCGGGUCUUGUUUUUGAGCUUCCCAGAAGAACUGUGUUGGCCACUGUGAUAACAGUCGUGGACUAGUUGGCCUUCGGCCUGAUCUAGCUGCAGAGCUCUUCUGUAUGUUAUGAAGAGUCAUGUGGUUCAGAUGCCCAUAGUGAGUCUGGGGGCAGCGGGGCUCUACAUCAGCUAUGUGACUCUCUCCUAACCCGCAAACCCUCCUAGAUGUGUGUCCUUCUCUAUCUUUUUUCCAGUUUGGUGAGAAGUAUGGCUCUGUGUUCACAAUGUAUUUUGGAGCAGAACGGGUUGUGGUGCUGCAUGGCUAUGAUGCAGUGAAAGAAGCACUGAUCGACCGUGGAGAUGAAUUUGCUGCCAGGGGACGCCUGCCAUUAGCUGAUGAUGUCUACAAGGGAUUAGGUAUUUUAUGCUGGUUGACCAGUGGAGGGGGGGGGACCACAAAGGAAAAUCCCUCUAUUCAUGAAAAUAAAGCAAAAAAGGUUGCAAAGACAAGUCAUUGCAUCUUGAGAUAAACAUUCCUGAAAUAUACUCAGAGUCGCAAAGUGAUUUCAUGCUCUUUAUUCAGCUCAUAGUGGUGAGGAGGAAGAAUGAAUGUCUCCUCAAAGUAUUUGUUUUAUAUACAUUAUUUAUACAAUGGGCUGCACAUGAUUGGCUAAUUCCAGAAUUCUACUGUAAGCCAAUCAGGUUGUGGAUUCACUUCUAUCUGGAGCAUGAUUGGGUGGUUCCUGUCAACCAAUUAUACUGCUGCAUUGUUCUAGGACCAAUCAGACUGCUGCAGUUUGGAUCCUAUUCAACUCAGUACAUAACACCCCUCCCCUCUAAGUUCCAGUCCUGCCCCGGAGGUCGCAUUCAUAGUCCUCAAGGUAUGCCAGCGGCCUACGUGUACGUUGCGGCCUGGGGUGUUCCCUGGUCCGGGGUUCAGGCUCUGGCUUGUGUUCCAAGGAUGCUGGCUGUGAUGGGGCUGUUUGGUCUGGCGCAACUGGCUCGCUCAGUCGUGGUUCUGGUUCCGGUGUCCUUUCGGCCUCACGGGUCCUCUCUGUAUUUACUGAUUCUGCCUCUCCUGCUGACCCCUCCUGCUCUAUGGGCCUCACUGCCCCACUGUUCCCUUGGGACUCCUCUGACCUGUCCUCCUCCUGGUUUUAUCCCGGGAAUCGUCGCCGUAUCUGGUCGCAGUGGCGGCGCCAGCAUUGCCCCCCAUCUGUUAGCACCUCGUACGACAUGGGGCCAGUGACCCUGGUGACUGUGGCAGGUACCCAUGCUGGGCCUGCCCCAAAAUUCUUUGCGUACACUGGGUCCUGGGCCUCGAAGGUCCGGGGGUUUCUGCCUUCCCCCACCACUACCUCAGCCUGAACUCUAUUGGGGUGAAGGCGGUCCAAUCUGAUUGCAAGGCGCCGACCCAUUAGUAGUUCAGCGGGGCUCCGGCCAGUCGUUGAGCUGGGGGUGCUGUGCUGUGCUAGAAGGAAUGUGACAAGGCGGUACUCCCAAUCCCCUUGUGUCAUGCGGCGAAGGGUGUCCUUGGUGGUCCGCACCAUGCGUUCUGCUUGGCCAUUGGUGGCAGGGUGGAAUGGCGCUGAACGGAUGUGGCAGAUGGCGUUCUGCGCUGUGAAGGUUUGGAAUUCUUCUGACGUAAAUGCAGUCCUGUUGUCUGAGACGACAGUGUCAGGGAGCCCGUGGGUUGCAAACAGCCUGCGUAGUACCCGGAUGGAUGCGGACGUAGAAGUGGAUGGUACCAGUGCGACUUCCAGCCAUUUGGUGUAGGAGUCCACCACUAUGAAGAAUGUUUUCCUCUGAAAGGGGCCAGCAAAGUCCACAUGCAGGCGUGACCAUGGUGCUCGGGCGGACUCCCAGGACUGGACUGGGGCCCUUGGGGGAUCUGGGUGGGAUUCUUGGCAGGCCUGGCAGUGUUUGACCCAGGCCUCUAUCUCUCUGUCGAUCCCUGGCCACCACACAUAACUCCUGGCAAGGGCCUUCAUUCUUACUACCCCUGGGUGUAGUAAUUAAUGUUCCCACUGGACAGUAGCAGUAGAUAAUUAGCAGCCUUUUAAUGGCAGAGCUAUAUAUUGGGCAUUGCCAUUUAAGAGAUAAAUGAGCCAUCUCAUAAAAGUACUUAAGCAAUAUCUAGGGCAGUAGCGGAGAAAGGUGGUUACAGCUAGCUCCGCCUCUGGCCUAGAGCAAGCAUCAAAAAUUAAAGCAGGAUUGAAUGAGUCUCUAGCCUUUAAAAAUAAUGGUCUGGGGUAAUUCUGGUGUGGGCAGUAAGUGUGAGAGUUAUGUGAGCAGAAUCCCCUGGCCUGGAUUUUGUGAAUCAAUAAACUAUCCACACCAAGAAAGAGUUUCAAAGUUACUGCAAGCUAUCGUUAAAUUUGUUACCAAAAAAAUAAAUAAAUACAAAUCAACACUUUGCACUUAUACAACUAGCAAUGAAGUCCAGUUUUCUUUAAGUUCUUUCUGGUUAAUAUAGUCCAAGAACUAUUGCUUCUUCAUUAUACUGGCAGCUUCAGAGAGAGACCCAGGCUCCAAGAGAUAAAUUAUCAGUUAACAUAACUAUCGAAACAUUGAAACCUCUUUUUAAGCUUUAGCUGCAAAAAUGGACAUUCUGCAAAUGCAAACCUCUACUACGUUUCAUACACAACACACACAAACAUAGCAUUUUAUUCACAUUAAACACAUAUAUUUUACAGUAAGGGCAUGUAUCAGAAGACUGGCCAGCUACUGCUUAUGGAAUAAGGAGGCACCAAAGUACCAAGUCUCCAGGUGGUCUGGAGCCAAGAAUAAGAGCCUCCUGCUCUUCCAACCUGCUUCUUCUGCUCUCCCUUUCAGUCCAUCCAUCUCCUUCAUGCCCAUUUCCUCUUCUGCUUUCCAGGAAUUGUAUUCAGCAAUGGGGAGGUGUGGAAGCAGCUCCGACGUUUUGCCCUUACCACUCUGCGCAACUUUGGCAUGGGAAAGAAAAGUAUUGAGGAGAGGAUCCAGGAGGAAGCACAGUUCCUGCUAGAAAAGUUCCAGGACACUCAGGGUGGGUAGCCACUGCCCCUCAUCCACAUAGGCUUAUCAAGCAGACCCCCUUAAACAUCACAACAGAUUCUGGGGUACAUUACAACGGAUUAUUAACCACCAACUCAUAAAGAAAUAUCAUGGUGGGUACAAGCAAAUUAUUAAAAAAUUUAAAAUCGUAAAACACUGAAAUAGUGACCAACACUGAAUCAAAUAAAUUGCCUAAAAACACUUGUGAAAUACAAACAUUUUCAUCAGGUGAUGAAAUGCCAGAAUUCUAGCUGGUUUCAGUAGGAACCACAUUCCAAAGCACAGGUGCCAUUGUGCUCAAAGUUUUAAUAGAUAUAACAGAUAUCUGCAUUGAUAUGAAACAAACAUGUGAUGAGUGUGUGGCAAUUUGGAAGGCUUCUCCUGAUGGUCAUAGUGAUCUGACCAGUGUGUAUGGGAUAAGGUGGUCCUUAAGUCACCUGGUCCUAGGUCACUGAGGGCUUCAUACACACCACUAAUGCACUGAACUUACCUUGUCAAUGUACUGGCAAACAAUGCAUAACUUUCAGCAGGGGUGUAAUAUGCUGACACACACCAGUUCCAACUAAAGCCCGGCUGCUGCUUCUCUAUCAACUGCAAGAGUGCUCUGCAGAUAUUGUUGAAUUCCAGCUGCUUUUAGCCCCAACAGUCAUCAGUGGUCCAGAAGUUAUAGUCUAGCAGCAUCUGAAGUGCUUUAGAUUCCCUAGUUUUAGUCUAGACUUCACCAAGGCCUGCUCCACUGUGGUCACCCUUUCCUAUCUAAGGAUAUAUUGGCUGAAGCUGGAAGAAAGCACCUUGGAAAGUCCUUGGAAGAAACCACUCAUAGCCACUGAAGAUGCCCAUGCCUCCAGCAUUGUUGUGAGAAAGGCAGCUUCCUGUCUGACCACUGAGGCCAGGAGCCAGGAAAUGGCAGCUCAGAAAUUCCAGACUAGAUUAUUGCCUAAAACCUGUAAUGGGGUUGUAUAAUUAUUUGUUUGUUGUCCUUCCAGAGAAGCCCUUGGAUCCAACCUACUCGCUCAGUUGCGCUCUCUCCAAUGUCAUUUGUGCAAUUGUCUUUGGGAAACGAUACAAUUAUAAUGACAAGAAGUUCCUAUCCAUGAUGAGCUUAAUAAAUGAAAACUUUCAGGUUUUUAGCUCUUCUUGGGGACUGGUAGGUGCCAUCUUUUUAAAGGCCCUUUUCCACAAAGUCUAAAUUUUCCUGCUGUUUAAAUUCUUUCUUCCAGGCUUCUCAUGACCCAUACUGCCUCUGCCUCUUAAUAUUUCUGUUAAUGUCCUAGUUGCAGGUUUGCCAUAGGUAACUGGUUAGCCACUGUGACAGCAGGAUGGGCCACUGGCCUGAUUCAAUAGUCUCUUCUUACAUUCUUAUGUUUUUAAUUUGGAGUUCCAGUCAAGGUCGGUGCAUUCAAUGCCAAUACCUGGGUCUAGUAACCAAGGUUUGACUUAACAGCAGCCCAGUGGAAAAGGAAGUAAAGCUUAAGCAGUUUUGGCAGUAGGGGUGGAGGAUUGUUGCAUGAUUUCUCAGUUUUUUGUAAAGGUACACAUAGGUGAAAUUUUAAAAAAAUAUCUGCAUAUGACCUCUACAACCAUUAGGUAGAGGAUGGGAAAGCACUAAUUGAGGGGAAGGGAAGAUAAUACAAUGCAGUACAAUCAAUGAAGCACCACCCAGUAAUGCAGAUGGGGAACAUCUACAUAGAUAUUCGAGGCAUUGGCAGUGAAGAUGCUGGUGUGUGGACCACAGAGUUGAAAUGCACACAAGGCAACAGUGGCCAACGUUAUACUGAAGCCCGAGUGCGGACAAACCCUGACUGAGGUUGGUGCCAAUGGGUCUCUUGUGGUGUUUCUUCUAGCUCUACAACCUCUUUCCUUCUUUGAUGAAAUGCAUCCCUGGGCCCCACUGUAAACUGCUGAAAAACAACUUGGCAAUCAGAGAGUUUGUUUUGGAGGAGGUUGAAGAGCACAAGGCCACUCUGGACCCCAGCUCACCUCGGGAUUUUAUCGACUGCUUCCUUAUGAAAAUGGAUCAGGUAAUCAUGAAAACUCACAGACCUCUCCAUGUGGGUUCUCCUGACACUCCUGAAGCUUCCCAACCAGCAGACUUCCAUCCAGCUUCUUGUGGGGAAUGCCAAGGAAAGAGAUUCCUGCCCACACCCCAUUGGAGUAGAUUCAUUUCCCAUUGCUGACUUGUUCCUGCAGUAAGUGGGAAGUUCUUUCUAAUGAUUAGCCCUCUGGAUAAGGAAUGUCCAGAGGAACAAGCUAUAAAAAGACUUGAGAUAAGAUGUGUCUUGGGAAGAGAGCUGGUCCCAGUGGCGCAGUUAAAUUCUUGUUAUGUUGUACUCAGAACAAUUGAGUUGACUCCACUGACUGUGUUGUGUGUUUCUGCAGGAAAAAGGUAAUAGUGCAUCCCAUUUCACCAUUGAAAACCUGGCCAUAAGCACAAUUGACUUGUUUUCGGCUGGAACAGAGAGCACCAGCACCACACUGCGAUACGGGUUCAUGAUCCUCCUCAAACACCCAGAGAUACAAGGUAAAACGGAAGUGAUGUUAGUAUUUAUUAUUCUAGUUCUCUCCUAGAUUUAUGUGUCACAGGUCCAAGAGGUUGUUGUUCUGCCACUUUCCCCAGGAAAACCCACUGUUCAUUGCUGAAUGUUAAUCAUCGCUGACUGACAUCAGCAGUAGACAGAAGGCUUUCCUGGAGACAACAAAGGGUGGGGGGGUGGACAAAAUGCUCAGACCCAUGCCUAGAAAUCCUAGCAAAAACAGAAGUGUGGAUGAGCUCUUAUAGCUGACCAUAUUGCAAACCCUAGGAUUUAUAUGCAAACAGUAACAACCUGAAUUUGGCUCAGUAGUGUACUGGCAGCCAGUGCAGAUCCUUUAGAACAGGCAUGUCCAAAGUCCAUUUUGGGGACCUAAUCAGGCCUGCUGCCCCAGCGGCAUUUUAUUUCCUGAGGUAAAAUCCUAAAAGAAAGGGUUAACAACUUUGGUUGGCCCUUUGGUUGGCCCUCACGAGCCUUUACUUCAUCCAAUGUGGCCCUCUUUCAAAAAAGUUUGGGCACCACUGCUUUAGACAAAGGCACAACCACAAGGGCCAGGGGCCAAAGGGCCCUCAGGUAGGAUCAGAAUCACUGCAGGACAGUGCCUCCAAUAGGAAUCUCUCUAAGCUGGACCAUCACUUGCUCCUAAAACUUCCCUAAAGCUUUUGUCCCGCUGGGCUCCUUUUGGAUAGAAAUUGAAUUAAUAUAUAAAUAAUUGCAGUUAUACUAUGUUUUCCUGUUUACAGAUGGAUUACUGAAGGUGAGCUACAAUAAUUUGUCUGAGUUAAUGUGAUCAGUCAACAGAAAGUUGGCAUCAGAAAACAUUGAAAGCUCCAAAAAUGUGCAGGGGCUGGCAGGCACUCCCAUGGAAUUACAAUUGCUUCUAUGAUAUUUCCUGCACUGGUAUUAAACCUCAUUUUUCCCAUUGCAGAGAAAGUGCAUGAAGAAAUUGACCGAGUUAUUGGCCGAUCACGAAGUCCUUGCAUAGCAGAUCGUGGGGAAAUGCCUUACACAGAUGCUGUCAUCCAUGAGAUCCAGAGGUUCAUCUCUCUUGUCCCACUGAGCGUCCCUCAUGCAGUACUCAAAGAUACACCGUUCAGACAAUAUGUCAUUCCAAAGGUCAGCUCUUUUCAAGGCUCUAUGUAGUAAUAGUAGGCUGCUAGCCAUGAUGGCUAUAUUCUACCUCCAUGGUGAGAGGCAGCAUGCUUCUGAAUACCAGUGGGUGGAAACCACAGGAAUAGAGAGAGCUGUCUUGCUUAGAUUAUGUUGAAGGGCUUCCCAUGGGCAUUUGGUUGGACACUAUGAAAACAGGAUGCUGGACCAAAUGGGGCCACUGGACUGAUCCAGCAGAGCUUUUCUUCUCUUCUUAUGUACAAGUAAGAGAAGUAGUUUAGCCCAACUCCUAAAGUGUAGCUCGGCAUCUUCAGGCCUGGACUUCAUUUUAAACACCCUAUUGCCUUCUGAACCUGCUCCAGUCUUUUUCUGGAUCAACAAAGUACCUUCCUUUUUGUUAGUGCCUUCCCACACCAUUCCUUUGGGUGUCAUGGCCAUCCAGACCAUUUUUUUGCACUCUCUGCAGGGCACUACCAUAUAUCCAAGUCUGAUGUCUGUGCUACAUGACAGCAAAGAAUUUCCAAACCCCAAAGAAUUUGACCCAGAACAUUUCUUGCACAAAGAUGGCACCUUCAGGAAGAGCGACUAUUUCAUGCCUUUCUCAGCAGGUAUGAUCUCUGCUUCCUCAGUAGGUCUUUCCCGUCUCCCUAAUUGGCUCAGGUCUUUCCUGUCUCCCUAAUCGGCUGGUGUCGGGGCAACGAGGGGGAACUUCCUUCCUCCUGCAGCCUAAACUGGAAGGGCUGCCAGUUUGUGAGGGAGGGGCAGAGGCUUCUGGGUCCAUCAGAACUCCUUGUAUCUUUCCUGUGGCCAGCUGAAGCAAAAGAAAUGGUGGAAAGAGUGACUCUCCCAGGAGCUGUUCUAGAGCAGCACCUUUGCUCCUUUGGCAUGAUUUUUAUUUUCUCCGUAACAGCCAAAGUGGUUGUUAUGCAUCUUACACUUUGAGUUUCCUUUGCAGGGAAGCGGAUAUGUGUGGGGGAAGGUCUGGCCCGUAUGGAGAUCUUCUUGUUCUUGACCACCAUAUUACAGAACUUCACUCUGAAGUCCAUCAUUGACCCCAAGGACAUCGAUCUCACACCAGUGAUGAGCAGCAUAGGCAGCUUCCCUCGGCCCUAUCAGCUUUGCAUUGUCCCUCGCUGAAAAGCCUGCCUCAGGAGGGCUGCAGAUGUGGACAAGUCGCAGUGUGGCAAAUAUUUGUUCAAAAAACCCAUAACACAAUAUCUCCUCACGUGUGGAGCCAUAUCUUCUUACCUGACUAUUUGUUGAACUGUUACUUUGGGGAUUCAUAUGCAUAUGUGUGCAGUGACGUAGCUAGCUGCCCUAGCUAGCUAGUGCAGGGGGCAGGGGCGUGUCCUGCAGCCAGGGGUGUGUCGAGCCACCCAUGGGGGCGGGGCGAACCUCUCCAAUGCUUGGAGCCUCUCCGCUGCCUCCCCCUCAGCUGUAGGGCGUUCUUUCCUCUCAGCCUUCCUUCAACCCUGCUCCCAUUCAGUGUAACAGUAAAAUGUUUCCCUAGUACAAAUUCAGAGGCAGCAUGGGCAAAAUUGGUGAUGGGAAGUCUGUUGGGAUACUGCCAGGGAGAUAAAGUCCAUCAUGGCCCCCAAGCCGUCUGCUGGACGAUCCAUCGACCUCCCGUAGGCACGCAGCGACAUGAGUUUCUAGAAAAUAUCUUGCCACAUUCCAGAGCUCAUGCACGCUCUAUCAGCAGAUAAUGCACAGCCAAAAAGUUGCACUCAGGAGAGCAUUAUUUACAAGUUUAUUCAGCGUUGAUCAGAACACAGAAAAACAUGACUGCCUGCUUUAGUGUCUACGACACCGAGAGAGAACGAAAGCAACAGAAAACAUAAACAUCCUGUGAACAGGAAAUACGCAGACUCUGACUCACAAAGCCUGCUCCCUUUUAAGGUGGAACGGAAAUAUCCUAACAUCCUCCCCCUUUCCGUGUAACCUGUAGUACCUGUGGUUCAACCCAAUUGCAACCUUUGUAUGUAAACCUUAAGUUGUUCUCUGUUAACAACCUUAGACAACAGAUCAGCAGGAAUUUCAUUUCCUGCCAUGUAGGACACCUGAAUGAGUCCUUUCUGAAUACACUCUCUUGCACGAUGUAGCUUAAUCUGCAAGUACUUGGUCCUUUGCUUGCAACUCUCCGAGUUCAGCAAAGCCAAACACGAUCUAUUGUCUUGAUACACUUGUACAGAACAUUUCACAGAAACUCCGAUGUCCUUAAACAGUUGCAUCAACCAUUCACAAUCCAUGAGUGAAAAUGACAGAGCAUUGAGUUCUGCUUCACAGGAACUUAGGCUCACUGUCGUCUGCUUUUGCACAACCAGUCAAACAGGCAGUGGUUGUACAUGUAGCAUACUCCAGAAGUGCUUGUACCAUCCGUGGUGUCACUUCCAAAACUUGCAUCUGCAAAGAUUUCAAGACCUCCAGUCUUCUGACUGGUGAACCUCAGCCUGUAGUGCAAAGUCCCUUUCAAAUAGUGGGCUAUGCGCUUCAGAGCUUUCCAAUCCUGAACAGUAGGAUUGUUAGCAUGCCUGCUAAGCAGGUUAGUGCUUACAGCUAUGUCAGGUCUUGAGCAUCUAGCAAUGAAAUUCAACUUGCCUAGAAUGGAUCUGUACAGCGUAGUGUCAGAAAACGCUUCAGCAGUACUGUCUACCUGGUAACCUGUCACCAUCGGUGUGUCUGCUGGGUUUGCAUCAACCAAAUUCAACCUGGUUAAUACAUCAGCAAUUUUCUGUGUUUGGUGUACCAGAAAAUUACCUGCUUGGUCCCUCUCCACUUGCAGAGAAAGAUAGUUGGAUACCUCACCAAGAUCCUUCAUGUCAAAGUGCUCCUUCAGCUGAGCUAGGGUGCUUUGGUAGAAAGCCUGAUUCUUCCAAAACAUCAGAAGAUCAUCAACAAAACAUAAACAAUACAGUUUGUUUUGCCCCUCCUCCUUGACAAACACACAUGGAUCAGCUUUGCCCUGGUGAAAACCUAGAGAAAGCAACGUCUCAGUGAGUUUUGUGUUCCAACACCUAGCACUCUGCUUGAGACCAUAUAAGGAUUUCCGCAGUUUACAGACCAUUCCCUUCUGUAUCUGCAUCCCAUCAGGUGGAAGCAUAAACAGCUCCUCCCCCAAAACCCCAUACAAAAAAGCUGUAUUAAUGUCAUGAUGGGAAACAUGCAGUUUCUCCUCUGUAGCUAUCUUGAGCAUCAGCCGAAUGCUCUCAUAUUUGACUGUGGGUGAGUAGGUCUCGUGGUAAUCCUGUCCUGGUACCUGUGAAAAACCUCUGGCAACCAAUCUGGCUUUGUGUCUGACAACCUUGCCAUUCUGGUCUGUCUUGGCCUUGAAGACCCAUUUGCUGCCAACCAGUCUCAUCCCUGGGACUACCGGUACCAGUUCCCAAGUUUGGUUCCUAUUCAAGGAAUCAACUUCAGCCUUCAUGGCAUUAAGCCAAGGCUCAGCAUCUUUAGAGGUUAACUCCUGAACCUCUUUGAAGCUUGAAGGUUCCCACACCUUCUCUGAGCUACUAAGAACAGCAGUUGCCAUCUUAGCAAACUCAUCAGCAAAUCUCUUUGGAGGUCUGCCCUUUGUGGCUCUCUCAGAUCUGCGUACUAGACGCAAGUCUUCUGGACUCAUCUCCUCUUUCUUAGGAGAAAAGUGACCAAUGGUGAACAGUGGUUCUUCCAGUUCAUUGUCAGACGCAUCAGAUGGUCUGACUGAGGCCUUUGCGCUCUUGUAGUCUGCUGUGUCAUCACUGUCACCGACAUCAGCAGCAGCGCCGCCCACUGAACUGGAAUCCGAACUCUGAUCAUCAUCGUCAUCAUCAUCCUCAGCAGCUUCCUCAGCUUUAGCUGCUUCUUUGACAUCACCUUCAUCUUCCUCUGGGUAACUCUGGAAAAUUCCCACAUUUCCCCCCCACUUAGGAUUGUACUCAACACUCUUUGUGAACUUAAUGGACUUAGAGUUGGUCAUCCAUACCCUGUAUGCACCUUUUUCGUACCCCAUGAACAAACCAUGUGCCCCACGCUUCCCAGGCUUGUUGCUCUGUGGGGUGUAUACCCACAUGUCAGAACCAAAGAUUCUCAUGUGUUUGAUGUUGGGUUUCUUACCAAACAUCUUCUCAUAGGGAGUACAACCAAUAGGUGAUGACAAUCUGCGAUUAUAAGUGUAAACAAAAUUCGACAGAGCCUCCCCCCAAAACUUAUCAGGGAGAUUGGCAUCAUGCAACAAUGUUUUCAUUCCUUGCAGCAACAUUUGAUUUGCUCGCUCCGCAAGCCCAUUCAUCCAUGGCGAUCUAGGCGUUGACAAGUCAUGCUGGAUUCCCUUCUCAAUCAGGAAAGCUUCAAACUGCUGAGAAGUGAACUCCCCGCCCCGAUCAGUAAACAACCAACCAAUGCGUUUACUGUGAACAUUCUCCAACCAAGCACAGAAUGCCUUGAACUUAGGAAACGCUUGUGAUUUCUGCUCAAGCAUAAACACAUGAAUGUACCUGGAAAAAGAGUCAAUUAGAACCAUGAAGUACCUUGCUCCACCCAAAGAGGGCACAAGUGGACCAACCAGGUCUGCGUGCACUAGCUGGUAGGGUUUGGAAGCCUGCCUGCUAGACUCCUUGCCUUUUGGAGCAACCUUCACCUUGUUCUCUGCACAAGAUACACAUUUCAUGUGAAACUUACAGGGUUUGAUGUUCAAACCCUCAACCAUCUUUGGCAUCUUGGCCAGUGCCUUCCAAGAGAGGUGACAAAACCUCCUGUGUGCAUCGUGAAUGCAUCCUGCAUGAAGAACUUUGUUAGUUUGUGCAACACAACAAGAAUCAACAUUAGACACAACAGCACCAAUGUCAUCAUAAGUUAUACAGAACAAGCCAUCCAUAAACUUUGCAUGCAACAUGUCCUCUUUGCCUUUUCUGAUGACACAGACGCUCCUCUUGAAGGAAAUCUCAAAACCACGCCCAGUCAACUGUGGGACACUGAGCAAAUUGUCUGCAGCACCUGGAACAUACAGUACAUCUUUGAUGGUAGUGUGCAGACUUGCCAGUUUCACAGUCCCUUCUCCUGCGAUCCGCAACGUCUUUCCAUCAGCCAGGUGGAUCUCACCUUCUUGAGGUUUGAAGGAGAUAAAUAGGUGGCGGUCCUUUGAGACAUGGCGGGUACAGCCUGAAUCAACAACAAACCUGGCUUUGGCCUUUGGAGCAGCCUUUGCAGCAAGCAAAACCUUGUUUUCCACCGGCGUGGGCUUUUGCAGCUUGCCCCCCUGCUCCUGGCCAUCAGACUUGCCUUUAGCCUUUGGUGAAGCUGUGCCAGCAAACAAAACCUUGUUUUCCACUGGCGUGGGCUCUUCACCCUCCCUCUGCUUCUGACCAUCUGCAGGCGUCUGCCUCUGUUUACCUUUGCCCUUCCGGCCUCUGCAAAGGCGAUGACCUUGGUUCCCAUGAGAAACAGAGCUCUCAGCUGCCGACUCCUUGGCUCCCCCUGGAGGCUGGAAUGCUGCCUGGGAUGACGUGACAGUCAGCUCCCCUGCAGCUUGCAACCGGUGCCCUCGGCAUCCCUGCAUUCACUCGCAUUCUGGGAAACAGCCAGGACCUCCGAUGCAGUCAAACUCUGGGCUGGGAUGACUGGCAGAUGGGCUAUCUUCAAAGCAUGCCACAUCUUACGUGCAGUGGUGUUGCCAGCAAGCGUUUUUAUUUCCUCUAGAGAGACGGACAAGACUAUUAUGUCUAUCGCCUUCGAAUUUUCGGCCUUCCAUCUAUCUGUCAGAGGAACUGGAGGGGCCUCACACACAGUAUGCCACACUCCAAACUGACGCAGCAAACUCUCACACCAUUUUGCCCAGGUCUGGUAGUUGUGCCGAUUUAACUUUGGGCACUCAGCAACCUCAGAAGCUUGGAAAAACUCCAUUCCAGCUUUUUACUUGAGCCGUGAAUCUUAUUCACUUCAGAGACGUCUUAUCUCGGCAGCUCAUAAAUCUUGAGGCCUUUGGCGCGGCUCCCAGAUCCAUUAGCCCUGCCGGACAUCAAAAGCUCUUGCCACGGCAAACAGAAAAGCCUUACUUUCGCUUUUCCUCCACAUACCUUUCAGCAGUCUGUCGCAGUCUUACUCUCCUGUAAGUGCUGUGAAUCUGGGCCCGAAACCAGUUGCUGGGAUACUGCCAGGGAGAUAAAGUCCAUCAUGGCCCCCAAGCCGGCUGCCAGACGAUCCAUCGACCUCCCGUAGGCACGCAGCAACAUGAGUUUCUAGAAAAUAUCUUGCCACAUUCCAGAGCUCGUGCACGCUCUAUCAGCAGAUAAUGCACAGCCAAAAAGUUGCACUCAGGAGAGCAUUAUUUACAAGUUUAUUCAGCGUUGAUCAGAACACAGAAAAACAUGACUGCCUGCUUUAGUGUCUAUGACACCGAGAGAGAACGAAAGCAACAGAAAACAUAAACAUCCUGUGAACAGGAAAUACGCAGACUCUGACUCACAAAGCCUGCUCCCUUUUAAGGUGGAACGGAAAUAUCCUAACAAAGUCCACCUAUGAAGUUAGCCAAGGAAGAAUGGUCUUCCUCUUCUGUAUUCAGAAUUUUUCUUUUUGGUUCCUGCACCCUCUCAAUUAUGCUCCUAUUCAAAGUAGUGAACUAAUGUUUCUCCAUUGCACUGAAUAGAAGGGGCAAGAGGAAGGAACUUGUCUCUGAUUUUAAUUCAAGCUGGAGAAGAAUUCGGGGCUUGAAAUGCUUGUCCUCUGUCCCCAUUGAAACUCCUGAAGGUCUUCUCCAAACCAAAGUUUGGAGAAGUGUGCUGGUUUCACUAGCAUAGAAAACCACUGCUCCACUUCUUCUGGAGAAUAAGAGCACAUCCAGAUGUAUGUAUUUUUUUACCUGUUUGUGAAAUGGAAUGGCUUUAUAGAUGUCCUUCACCCUCCCAGAGCUAAAUAAAUAAUACUAUGACAAAGUG